AUGACAAUCGAUAUCGAUGGGACCCUCAUCUUGCCUCCAGAGGUGGUGAUGCAGCUGCAGCAGCAAGUGCUGCAGCAGCAGGGGCAGCAGCAGCAGCUGCAGCAGCAGCAGCUGCAGCAACCGCAGCAGCCGAUGGUCUACGCACCAAUGGUCCCCUGUCUCACAGCACAGCAGCCGUUCCCAUACAUUCUGCUGCAGCAACCGGCGGAAGCUGCAGCAGCAGCAGCUGCUGCUGCUGCUGCUGCUGGGGCCCCACACCCUGUGUACCAGGUGUACGGGCAGCCAGUAGCAGCAGCAGCAAACACCCAAGGCGCAUGCACUGAUAUGCAACAGCAGCCAGCAGCAGCAGCUUCUCCCCAGCAGCAGCAGCAGAAGCAGUACACCGUGCAGCAGCAGCAGCAGCAGCAAGGGCAGCCGCUGGUGCAGCAGUACGUCCUACAGCAACCGCAGCAACCUCUGCUGCUGCAGCAGCCCGUAUUGCUGCCGCAACAGGCAGCAGCACUUCAGCAGCAGGGUUUUGGGCUCGGGCCUGUCUAUGCCUUACCGCAGCAGCAGCACUUGCUGCUGCCUGCACAACCAGCAGCAGCCGCAACAGCAGCAGCAGAAAUAGAUAUUCAGGGGGGGCCCUCUCAAGUAGCAGCAGCAGCACCGGCUGUUUUUUCGUAUGGAGCUGCAGCAGUGCAGCAGCAGCCAGCAUACAUGGUGCAGCAGCAGCCGAUGUUGCUGCAGGCUCCAGCAGCAGCAGCAUACCCAGGAGCUGCUGUUGCAGUGCAGCAGCCAGCAAUGAUACUUACAGGGGGCGGAGGAGCAGUUGUGCUGCAGCUGCAGCAGCCUCCUCUCUUCCGCCGCUCCGCACAGCAGCAUCAGCAGCAGCAGCAGCAGCAGCACCAGCCCAGUCGUUUCUGCGGCAUGUGGAUGUAG